AUGGAAAAAUCAAAUGUUUAUCUCAUCACCAUACUAAUCACCAUGGCUUCACUCUCUUCCCUUUCACACGGUAUAGUAAUUCCUGGCUACAACAUAACCAAAGUCGUAAUUGAGGAUGCCGUGUAUUGUAGGAUUAACGGAGAGCCUGACCCUGUCUCGAAUGCCCCUGUUUUCUUAAAAUGUGGCGGCUCAAACAUUUCCCUCGCUGAAACAACGACUGAUCUCAACGGUGUGUUUACCAUAGUUCUCGACUACGUGAGGACAGCUUUGUUUAGCCCUAGUUUCUGCGGUCUCGUAGUUAAUCUUCCGCCGGGAUAUAGUUGUGCUCUUGUCACACCGGAUGGCGUCCUCAAUAGUACGUUAAGGUUUGUCAAAAUCGUCGGUGAUACCAUUUUUUUUGCCGCCGGCAUAUUUAUGUGA